AUACUAUCCCUUAGUACAGUUUGGAGUACAGUUUCAAGAGAGAACAGGAGUCUAUGACGAAGGAGAAAAUAUUAAAUCGACUUUAGAUAACCACGCAUCCGUGUUUACCGGUCAAUCCGGCCCAUCGACGAACAUCGUGUUCGUUCUCCGGCGAGUCCGCUGCGAUUUUCCAAGAGGGACCGAGCGGCGCCGGGAUCGACCGAGGGGUCCGUAAAUCCGAACGAGGGGCCUCCGCUUGGCCGGCUUCCGCUUAGCUCGGCGCAGGGCUCUCUCGCGGACGUUUGUUCCAUUAUUCCCACCAUCCCCAUCUUGCUCUCCCUUCCCCUUCACGUUCGUUGCACCCUGCGAUUUCGUAGCGGUCGGGCCCGCCGAUUCAACGCGCAUUCAGUCGGCGUUUCGCGCGAAGUGCAAGUGCGCGUACGCACGCACGCACGCACGCAUGCACGCACGCACGCACGCAUACACGCGUGAACGGAUAAAAGAGCCUUGGAGUAAGGAUGUGACAGCUGCUCCUGGAAGCCCGCCGCGAUUCGCGCGCCCUUUCCGUUGCCCUUCGCGCCGCGUGUGGGCGGCCGGCGGCGAAAAAAAGAGAAAGAAAGAAAAUAAAAAGGAAGAAAAAGAAGAAAGCACGCGGAGAAGUGUCGCGACCGGUGAUUCGAGAUAUGAGAGAAAUCGGGACCGCGUCCGAAGUGUGGCGCUCAGUUCGCUCGCGCCUUGCCAGCGUGCGCGUAGGCUUCUCUCUCUCUCUCGUCGUGCGGUGCUCACCACGCCGUGCUUCCCUGAUAUUUUCCUCUCCGGCGAACCAAAGCACCUAAGCCAGGACGACGACAACGACGACGGCGGCGACGGCGACCGAUUGCAGCCGUCCGCGAAAUUCCAUCGACGCUCCGUUCGGCACGAAAAUGUGAAAGAAACACAUUUCGAGGCGAGGAGAGAUCGCUUCUUCUGUGCUAUGGGAAAACCCACCGGAUGUCGGCGAGCUGCCUGCGAUUUCGGAAUGGUGAACGUGAAGAAUGUGAAGCGAUAAUGCGCGGAGUGCUCGUUCGCGUUAAAUACGCGCACCGCGAGCGCGCGACGUGACGUUCGAAGUGCGAGAAUGUGCGCGUUUGUUUAAGCGCGCGCGGGUGUAAAUUAAUUUCGCUUAAUGAUUUUCACAUUUCCAUCCGGGCUGGAUUUAUCUUUGUUCGCGCGUGUUUGAAGACAAGCGCGUCGAGAGGAGAGGCGUCGAGGUGGCGAAGCCUCGAAAAAGAAAGUGACGCCGGAGGAUGCAAUUUACGAAUACGAGACGGGAGAUACACUUGCAGGCGGCAAAACAUCGGCGUUUUUCCUCAUCUCUCGCGAUAUAAACGAGACCAUCAAACCACAGCACGGCGAGAGGCUACAUUCGCGAGAGAUCUUGAUGGAGCCGGCUCUCGCAUCGGCGCUGCAUCGCUCCGAAAUUCACUUCCCCCCCCC